AUGAGCUCUAAUGGAAAGAGGGAAAUCAUACGAUCUCUAGAUCAUUUACUAUAUUGUCAGUUCGUCUAUAAUUAUUUUUUGGAUUCUAGUUUGCUACAACUACUGUCACCUAAAGCUUUAACACGAUCAAUACGAACAGCAUUCUUUAUAGUCACAGCCGGAUGGCUGGUAGUUAUCAUUCUGCAUGUCACAAGCGAGCCUGGACAACCCGGCAUCAUUAUUGACUUUAUUGGCAAUUUAAAGCCCCCCACUAUAACAAGAUUGCUGUUGUUGGAUUGUGUCAUUUAUCUAUUUCAAAUCAUGCGUGUUCUCAUCACUUCUAGCCUCUCCUCACAGCUAUUAACAAAUGGUACUGCAGUUGCGACUUUACAGGUGCCACCAGCAUUAGCAGCGGCUUUGGGCACUGAAAAUCUAACGCUAAUGCUACCGCCCUCAAACGACACCAGAAUAAACGAAAAUUUGGAAGAGAACAAUUACCAUAAUACUAUAUCUUCAUCGUCAACAGCACCCAUCAGAGACGAUACUUCACAAACAUCAUCCGCUCAUUUUUCAACUGAUUUUGAUGGUCUAUAUUAUGGUGAUGAAUUAGUCGUGGAUAUUGGGCUGAAGGAUUCAAUUAAAAAUCUCAUCUUUGUAGAUUCUAUGCGAGAUGAUAAUCCGUCUACAUCCCGAGAUGGUUCAGAAAGAUUACCAGUGUAA